AUGGCUUCUUCAACCAUUGUCCGUCCUAAACAAGGAAAGCAUUUGCUAAAAGAUUUCCUCCUCCAUGAUUAUCAUUCAAGUGAGUUCAAUUCAUUUCCCAGGAAAGCCUCGAAAACAAUCUCAGCUUUCCGGGCAAUGAUAUACAUUGUCAAAAACAUCCAUUUCAUUACUGCAAUUAAAUCUCCUUUGAUUCUGCCUAGAAACCUUUCACGUAAACUAUCUAAAAGGAAUUCACAGGUCGAGGGUGAAACCAAAAUGACGACGGUGAGAGUUAAAGAUAUCUUGCGUUGGAAAUCAUUCCGUGAUUCGGUUGACCAAGAAUCCCAACCGUCGGGUUUUGCUUCUUCUUCCCCUGAUCAUCACUCCACGACGACGCCAUCCACUUCUACUGCUUGUAGAAGCAAUGGCUCAAGCUGGUGCGACAGUGAUUUUUCCUCGGAAUAUGAAGUUGAUGCCAAGGAUCAUAUGGAGACGAAAGCAGAGGUAGCAGCGGCCAAUGCAGCGAAUGGACACAAAACACAGUAUAACUAUGCAAGUGAAGAGAAUGAACAACACAGCCCACUUUCAGUGCUGGAUUAUGGACAGGAAGAAGAUGAUGAAGAAGAAGACUCAUUCUCAUCUUUCAAUCAAAGUCAUGCCAUUACGCAGAGAAUAAAACACAAGCAUUUCCAGAGUGUAGAAAAACUGGAAGAAGAUGAAGAAAGGGCGCUGCAACUGUUGAAUCAUGUCAAAGAAACAAGUUCAUUAACGAGUUGUGACAAUAUCGGUUCCGACAAACUGGUUUCUGAUCUAUUCAGAGAAGAACUAAAUGAAACAAGAGACACAGAGGUUGAAAAUGAAAUGGUUACGGUAACAAAAGCAUGGAUCAACGGGGAUCAGAGCGAGACAGCAAAAUGGGGAUAUGGGGACAAAAGAGGGGCUUAUGCUAGAGAAAUGGACAGGGAAGGAAGGUGGAGCAAGUUUGUUGAAGAACGACAAGAGUUGGCCUGGGAAAUCGAUUGUCACUGGUGUCAGCCGCAAGAAAGGUCGUACUUUAUUACCGUCGUGCUUGAUAUUCACCAAGCCAUUGACACAACAGCACGGGACCGGGUUCUGCUUAUAGCCAUGGGGGAUCACUUUCAAGCUCUUGCCGAUAGCAGCACACCGGUUUACAAAAGGGUCACGAGUUCUGCUACAAGUGAUGGAUCUGUAGUUGACAAUAAAACUACUUCUGAUGAAUUGUUUGCAAGUUAA